CUGGCUGCAGGAGGUGGGCGUUGGCCCCGCCGCUGCUCGCGUUGGAGCGUGCACCUGCUUUUUGGACUUUGCGGCUAGCUCUUGAGGCAGUCACGUGUUGCUAUUUCCUGACACUAAGACCCGGGAAAAAGGGACGGAAAGCAAUUUUCUAGAUCCCGGCAACUAACUUCCAGGCAUUACUGACACCUAGGCGUGCUCCAAGUGCGCAAGCGCUGCAGAGGGCCGCGCGCCGGGGCCGCAAGGGGAAGCGCGGCCGGGGGCGCCGGGGGCAGGUCCCGCGCUGCGGUUCCGGGGCGCGGCCGGGACGGGGAGGCAGUUCCGCAGCCGCGGCGGCAGCAGCAAUGGCAAUUUUCAGUGUAUAUGUGGUGAACAAAGCUGGCGGCCUCAUUUACCAAUUGGACAGCUACGCGCCACGGGCCGAGGCUGAGAAAACUUUCAGUUACCCGCUUGAUCUGCUGCUCAAGCUGCACGACGAGCGUGUGCUGGUUGCCUUCGGCCAGCGCGACGGCAUCCGGGUGGGCCACGCAGUGCUGGCCAUCAAUGGUGUGGACGUGAACGGCAAGUACACGGCCGAUGGGAAGGAGGUGCUGGAGUACCUGGGCAACCCUGCUAACUACCCGGUGUCCAUUCGAUUCGGCCGGCCUCGCCUCACCUCCAAUGAGAAGCUCAUGCUAGCCUCCAUGUUCCACUCGCUGUUCGCAAUCGGCUCCCAGCUGUCUCCUGAACAGGGCAGCUCAGGCAUUGAGAUGCUGGAGACAGACACAUUCAAACUGCACUGCUUCCAGACACUGACAGGGAUAAAGUUUGUGGUGCUGGCAGAUCCUAGGCAGGCUGGGAUAGAUUCUCUUCUCCGAAAGAUUUAUGAGAUUUACUCAGACUUUGCCCUGAAGAAUCCAUUUUACUCCCUGGAAAUGCCCAUCAGGUAUGUGGUCCCACUCCCCAGAUUCUGGUCAAAGCCUCCUUGUUCCCCCUCCCUGUGUGCUCUUCCCCAAUGUCAUUUUGAAGUGUAAUAGAGUUAUUUUAAAAUAAAACAAAAGUAACAAGCCUUCUACUUAUUUUUUUUUGAGAAACCAAAGACUUUUCUUGGGGUUCAUGGCCCUCUUCAAGCAGAGUUUCCACUGGCUCUGCCUCUGCACCCAAGGUGGGGAGAGAGCCAGGCCUCACACUUUGUCCUUAUUUGUGCUUCCUGGGCCUGGCCUAGGUGUGAGCUGUUUGACCAGAACCUGAAGUUAGCCCUGGAGGUGGCAGAGAAGGCUGGAACUUUUGGACCUGGGUCUUAAGCUGAACCUACAAUGGACCCCAACCCCACCUCCUCCCACCCCCAGCAAAUUCUUGAGAGAUCCUGCAACAGGGGUCCUGCUGUUUCCACUCCGAUGGAGAUCCCAGCAGCAUUGUUAGUACACUUGAAAGUGGGAGGAUGCUGAGCCUGAUGACAUGUACUGAUCCCCGAGCCUUAAUACCAUGCUCUUUUCUCCUGUACCUAUCAUGGUCCUACUUCCUAACUCUGUACAGAUUAUUUAUGGAGGAGGUAGGCCCAUAAAUGCUGUAAUAAACAUUCCUUUGAUCUCA